AUGAAGGAAUUAAUUGUGCAAUUUCUGAAGGAACAACCACGAGACAAUGAUCUCCAACUGAAAGUGGACGACAUGGUGAUCCAAAACGAGAAAGAGUACUUUGUGGAUCACAAGAACACUAGCCAUGGGACUGUACGAAGAAUGGCUGCUCUUUGCUGCAUUGGUAAUUCAGAGUAA